ACCCUCUCCGAUACCUCUCCCCCGUCUCACCGCUACAAACCGCAAUGGCGUUGCCGAGGAACUCCUUACGAGGCUUUCUUACCCACGCUAAAGGCGCUCUCCGUCAAGCCGUUGAUAACAGCCAGAAGAUUACAUUUGUCAUUGGCAAUGAGUCGGCGGAUCUCGAUUCCAUGUCAUGCUCCAUACUAUACGCAUACAUUCGGUCCAUGUCACCACCCAAGACUGCCUUCAGCCCAGUCUACGUGCCAAUCACCAACAUUCCUGCUUCCGAUGUACAGCUGCGACCCGAGUAUCUGGCCGUGUUCCAGCACGCCAACAUUGAGCCUAAGCACUUGAUCACGCUUGAUGACCUGCCUGCCUUAGCUGACAUACAGUCCAAGCUUGCACCAGAAAACACAAAGUGGAUCCUGGUAGACCACAACGCUCUCCAAGGCCAACUAGGAAAAGUCUAUUCCGGGCGUGUCGCUGGCGUCAUUGACCACCACGACGAUGAGGAAAAAGUGCCCAGCAACACUGGCGAUGAGCCACGUGUUAUUAUCAAGAGCGGAAGCUGCACUAGUCUGGUAGCAAACUAUUGCCGGCCUUUGUGGGACACGCUUUCUGCAGCUGCCAUGUCCUCUGGCGCAGCCCAUGCGCAGGGUGACAGCCUGUCCAACGACGCUGCCUUUGUUCAACGAUGGGACGCAGAUAUUGCUCAAUUGGGCCUGGCCAGUAUUCUCAUCGAUACAGCGGAUCUCAAGGACAAAAGCAAGACGACCGAGCAUGACCGACAGGCUGUCGAGUAUCUGGAAGCCAAGAUCAUGCUCUGUCCGCAAUUAGCUGGCAGCUUCGAUCGCGCCAGCUUCUACAAGGAGAUCGAUGCAGCGAAGAAGGACAUUGGUAGCCUAGAGCUGCAAGACAUACUUCGGAAGGACUACAAGCAAUGGGUCCAGGGUGGCCACAAGCUCGGGAUCAGCUCCGUUGUCAAAUCAAUUGAUUUUCUGGAAAAGAAAGCUGGUGACGAGGCAAGCGCGCAACCGUCAGAGGCGUUGUUUGGGGCACUGGAAAAAUUUGCAAAGGAGCGUGACCUGGACCUGUAUUCGGUAAUGACCACGUCGACGUCUUCGGACGGGGAAUUUCAGAGGCAGCUUUUGCUCUGGGCAUUCAACGAAAGCGCCGUAUCAGCGGCGAAGGCCUUUGCCACGAAUUCGAGCAAUGAACUAGGGCUCGAAGAGUGGCAGGGCGCCAGCGACGUUGACGGCGGCAAUGAGUGGAGAAGGAUCUGGUGGCAGCGACAAGUACAGCACAGUCGGAAACGCGUCGCGCCUUUGCUGAGGCAAGUCAUGGCGCAUAGCGGCGGUUGGGCAACGAAAACGUCAGCCCAAGGCCGAUCUUGGGUAGACCCGGUAGGCGCGUUUGGAAGGAAGGUGCAGAUGCAAAGUGCAGCGUGUUUGAGAGAGUUGAGGUUUGGUGGUGUUGAAGCGUCGUGGUGGUGGUGGUGGUAG